AUGCAUUCGCAGGUCCCACGAAUUGCCAGCCGCUUAGGAGGCCUGGCUCGGGUCGAAUUGCCUCCUCCCUACCUUGCGCCAUCCCUCCAUCUCCCCGUCACCCUGUCGCCUGUCCAGUCUUCAAGCUUUUCUUCAACAGCCUCCGUUGCGGGCAAUCCUCGACGCGACAAGAGCAGACACCGCGGUGUAUCAGCUAUCCAUCGAACCGGUCCCCGAACUCCAUUUGCCGUGUCAAGAUGGGAGUUACCAAAGCCUGUGUCGCCGGAGAAGAUGGUUGCACGGGAACAAACACCCAACCACGGACUUUGGGGCUUCUUUCCUCCCAACCGCGAGGCAUUGAGCACUCCGGAAUAUGAUCACUCAUUCGGUCGUUCUUGGUCUAUUCAAGAGCUCCGCGAAAGAAGCUGGGAAGACCUUCAUGGCCUGUGGCAUGUAUGUGUCCGUGAGCGCAACCGUAUUAUGACCUCAGAUAUGGAGCGAAUCCGAUUGAAGCCUGGUUACGGUGAAUACGAAUCCGAUCAACGAGACGCAGUGAUCCUAAGCACCAUGAAGAACAUGAAGCACGUCCUGCGUGAGCGUUGGUACGCCUACGAGGAUGCUAAGCGCAUGUUCGAGAGUGGAUAUCGCCCCGACAACUUCACUGAGAACAACCCCAAGGUUGAGAAGGUCGAGGAGGUCGAACACCCUAUGUCUGGAGAGCAACCCAAGGCCCAGGCCAAAGAGUAG